AUGGGUUCUUGCAAGAAUUGCAAAUCGAAAAACCUAAAUGUCGACACUGUCACCGGGAAUCUUGAAUGCUCUUCAUGCGGCGUCGUCCAAGAUUUCGACAACUAUGAACAACAAACCUUCAACGCCGACGGAAUAAUCGGCACCAACGUCCGAUUAGGCACUUCUGGAUCCCGGUAUGAUUACUCUUAUCGUGAAACCAAGAUCUACUUAGCUCAAAAAGUCGUCUCAGAUAUAUUAUACAAACUUGAUUUAGAAAAUCGUGUCGAUGAGGUUAACAACAUGAUAAAGAUCAUAACCGAAGAAGAAUACGGUUCAGGAAAUUGGUUCAAUGUCCUCGUCGGCGCCUGUAUAUACGUAGUUAUGCGAAAAGCAAACAAGUGGUUACCUUUAACGAGCGUAUGUGAAACCGUUGGUUGCGAUAACUAUGAGUUAGGUCGAAUGGUAUACCGCGUUAUCGAUCACCUUGAUUUGAAAUUGCCGGACUUUGAUAUAGUGGGGUUGUUCGAUCGAGUGAUGAAAGAGCUUCUUGGGGGCAAGGGUAACAUCGGGAAGGAUAAAAUUGGAAGAAUGGUGAAACAAGGGAUUUUCUUGAUUCAGUGUAUGAUUAAGUGGUAUGUGACAACAGGGAGGAGGCCGGUGCCUGUGGUGGUGGCUGUGAUUAUUUUCGUUUGUCAACUUAAUGAUGUUGUCGAUGUUGAUUUUGAAGAUUUAGCUUCUCAAUUGAACGUGGUGGUUGCAACCUGCAAAUUAAGGUACAAUGAACUCUUGAAGAAGUUAGUGGAGGUUGCAAGAAUUCGUCUUCCAUGGGGGAAUGAUGUGAAUGUCAAGAACAUCAUGAAGAACGCCCCAAUAGUUAUUCAAUACAUGGAGAUGAAAUCAAUGUCUAAUCCCACAAACAAAAUCAAGAAUUUGGAGGAAGUAGGUGCAGAUUUGGAUGGUUUAGUCAGUGAUUGUUUGAAUAAAGAUGGACGAUAUUUUGUUCAAGAUUUUGAGUUUGAUGAUAAUAAUAAUAAUAAUGAUAAUAAUAAAUCACGGGGUUCAAUCGAUUGGGAAGUUGAAGAUUUGGAGAAGCUUAACAUUUCACCCGAAUGUUUAUCCACUAUUUACUUGAAAUACUUGAAUGAAUAUUCUGAAAUGAAGUCAUCAAUGGCGACACUAGAGAAUAGGAAUGAAAAAAGAAGUGAAAGAUAUGAUUUUUUAAUGGAUGGGGCUGAGUAUUGGAGUGGGAAUUCUGAAUUAAGCAAGAAGCUUUUUCUUGAUAAAAUAUUGGAAAAAGAUGUUGGUUUAAAUGCUAUGCCUAAAUCUUUCAUUGAUGGAUGUUUGAAAAUCCAAAAAAGAAAAAAGAAGAUAAAGGCUGCUACGAUAAGAAUUGAGAAGAUAAGGCGUCCACCAAUUGCUGAAAAUGGUUUAGAUGAUGAGAGUGGUCAAAGUCAACUCUCUGUAAAUUCAAGAAAGAGAAAACGAAAGGCAAAGAAAGUUGAUAUUGAUUGGGAAGAUUUUGUUAUUGAAACAUUGUUGCUUCAUGAAGUGAAGGAAGAGGAAAUAGAGAAAGGGUAUUAUAAUACUUUGUUGGAUCUUCAUGUCUUCAACUCUGGUAUAUCUUGA